UGGUGAUCGCAGACAGCAUCGAUGCCAGCCGGGCCUUAGCACACGUUUCUUCCAUGCAGGCUAUAAUCUAUGGACAUUUGUGACAUAAAAUGACAGACUACGGCGAGGAGCAAAGGAAUGAACUAGAAGCAAUAGAGUCCAUUUACCCAGACUCGUUUACAGUGCUUUCCGAUGAGCCCACAAGCUUCACCAUCACAGUUACUUCUGAUGCGGGAGAAAAUGAAGAGACGGUGGAGGUGACCCUUAAGUUUACAUAUGUGGAGAAAUAUCCAGACGAACCCCCUCUGUGGGAGAUCUUCUCACAGGAGAACCUGGAAGAUUCGGACACAGAAGACAUUCUAACGCUUUUAAAACAACAGGCUGAAGAAAACCUGGGAAUGGUUAUGAUAUUCACAUUGGUUACAGCUGUGCAGGAGAAACUAAAUGAAAUAAUUGACCAGAUUAAGAACAGAAGAGAAGAAGAAAAACUAAAAAAAGAAAGGGAGGCCGAAGAAGCUGAGACGCGUGCAUUCCAGGGCACUGUGGUCACGAUUGAGAACUUCUUAUCAUGGAAAGCAAAAUUCGAACAAGAAAUGGCAGAGGUAAGGAAGAAAAGGCAAAAGGAAGACGAUCAGUCAGGAAAGGGAAAACUCACAGGAAAACAGCUCUUUGAGAGAGAUCACAAUCUUGACACGUCAGAUAUCCAGUUCUUGGAGGACGUUGGAAAUAGCGUAGAAGUAGACGAGUCGCUGUUUCAAGACAUGGAUGAUUUGGACUUGGAGGAGGAUGACCCUGAUUUCAACCCACUGGACUUAGGCAGUGAUGAAGACUGAAUUGUGUUAACUCUCAACCUGACAUGAAUGAUUUCGAUGCCAACAUCCUCUGUAGCGGCCUCAUGGAGCAGGACUUCAGCUCACCGGUUCUAAACAAACUUUUUCAGUCACUACCAUUUUUGUUGCAGCAUAUUUUACAAUAACUGUCAAACCCAGUGUCAUGUCACAAUUAUUACUAUUAAAAACAUUCUCUUA